AGCACAGGCAGCGUCAGUGCAAACUUCCCCCACCCCGCCUUCCACCCAUGUGUGUCAACCCUGCCCCUGGAGGGACCAUCUCUCGAGGCAGAGGAGUCAACACUCCCUCCCUAAAGAAUGGAGAGUGGAGGAGAAGGCUUAAUGUUGGUGGAAAGGAAGGGGUGCAUGCCUGAGCCCCUGUAACUUUCUUCAAGGUCCUCUAAAGCAGAAGUCAGCAAACUUCCUUUAAGGGUCAGAGAGAGUACAUAGGCUAUGUGGACCAUAUAGUUUCUUUCGCAGUUACUUAACUCUGCCAUUAUAGCAUGAAAGCAGUAAUAGAUAAUAAAGAGAUGAGCAUGGCUAUAUUCCAAUAAAACUUUAUUUGUAAAAAUAGGCUGUGGGCAGAUUUGGCCUGCAGGCCAUAGUUUGGCAAUCCCUGCUCCAGACCAAGGGAGAGAAGAUCACAGAACCAAAAGGGUCCCAAGAGCUGGUCUAAGAGUUGUCCUCAAUUUACAAGAGGCAGUGAGGUUUGCAGAGGUGAAAUGUUUACUCAGAAUGACACCAGCUUUUAGAGCCCAGAUGAAGUAAAAGAAAUAGGAAAAGGGGAUAAGGAGCUCCCUGAGAAUGAACUAGUUGGUUGGUGGCACUUGAUGCUUUAUUAUUAUUAAUUUUUUACAUAAAAUUUCAAACAUGUUUGAAAUAUGUUUUCUAAAAUCCAGAAAGUAGUAUAAUGAACCUCACGUACCUGUCACUCAGCUUGAACAAUUGACUCAUAGCCAAUCCCUCCACUUGGGCCUCUUGGAAGCAGAUCCGUGAAACCCCAGCAUUUCUACCUUAGCCUGACUCGUGGCUCUCAGAGCAGAGUGCUGCUGUACUGAGGGCUUCCUGAAGCACCAUGAUGGGCUCAGGUCCUGGGUCUUUCUGUCUAGGCUGUUCUCCAGAUUUCAGACACCACAGUUUUCAAAAUUUGGCCUCAGCCCCUGCUGCCACUACCAGACUUGGUAAGCUUCUGGAGUCUCUUGAGGACAUUUGAGCUGCUAAGAACCCUUGAAAACUAGUCCUGAAGCUGGGUGGAUGCCUGAGCUUUUGGCCAAUUAAAGUGCCAUUUGUCCAAAUUUAAAGCCCUUGGAGAAUCACGUUCUGCCCCAAGGGUCUUGCCAUCCCACUGCGGAUGAGCUGGUGGGGGGUUUGGUACAGAUGGUGGUGUCCCCUGGUGAGGUCAGAUCAUUGCAGCCAAGACCGCUUUUACUUUUGCCCCUUUCCUGAUAAAAACCCACUAAGGAAAUGGAAGAGUGGGAGUUGAAGCCCCAUCCUGCCCCGGGUCUGUCUCUAAGGCACCUGUCCCCUGUUAAUCUCAGACUUCAGAGAGCAGCGUCUUCUCUAACAGAGCACUCUGCAAAGCCGCCUUCCAAACAUUCCCGUCUUAUCCUAACCACAGCCAUGCCAAAUGAGUAGAGCAAGUUUGUCCUAAUUUUCCCAGUUGAUGACAUUGCCCAAGGUUCACAGCUGGUAAGUGAUAGAAUUGGGACAAAGUAAGCCCAAUAUUAGCGCUCAAAUCCCAUGUUCUUGCCCCUGGCCAGUGGUUCUCACAGUGUUGGGAACUUGUUAAAUCUGGGAACUUGUCAAAAAUGCAGGUUCUCAGGCCCCUACUCCGGACCUAAUGAAUAAGAAACUCUUGGGGUGACUCCUAGCAAUGUUUUAAUAAGCUCUCCAAGGGAUCACCAGUGUCACAUCUAGAGUUUAAAAACAAAACCCUCCCAGUUUACCCCCAACUGUACUGACAACCUUGGACCAAGGCCUCCUUCCAAACAACUGAGACCUUAAGGCCCCCUUGCUGUUAUUGUCACUGCCCCAAAAUGUGGGUUCAGUCUGACUGGCAGCUGACCCAAAGUCCUGCUCCUGCCAUAACAGGCACGGAAGAGGAGCGACCCUGGAUAGAACACAGGCAUAGUAGUUUGGGAACAAUCCCACCUGGUUUUCAAACAAACAAAGAAGCACAGCUCAGGCUCUCACCGCUGGACCAGCUCGGUUCUUGGGCGCAGUGUCCAGGUGGUGUAUCUCAUCUCCGACGCCAGGGGAAGAAAUCUGGUCUGCUUAUGGUCAAGAGGUCUUCCCCGUCCUGGCUCCAGAUUUUUCUUCAGGUUUACCCUGUACGCCAUUCAGUGAGAUGGGGUGCCCCCGUUUAGCAGUUCUUUUAACACUGGGAGCUGGAGUGCAAGCCCAUUUGCCAGCGCACGUGAGAGGUAUUUACGGAUGAAUACUGAGCUAAGGUCUGCACUAUUUCCCAAAAUACCUCAUUCCCUCUUUCUCCCUCAGAUUCAGGUGACGAGUCUGUGGGUUUAGAUUUACUGGCGUGUCCACGGGUUGACUAGAGCCUGGGCGCCGGAGGCCCUGGGCUGUGUGAGGCUGCAGCCUGGCGGCUGGGGCCGUCUCGGCUUGGCCCCUGGGUCCGCCCGUCCCGCAGGGGGCGCACGGGCCACCCGUUCCCGCCCUUCUGCUCUGUCCCUGCCCGGCUCCGGGACCGCGGGGGCCGGCGGGAGCGCGAUGGCGGCCGCCAGGAGGUUCAUGGUGCUGGCUGCCGGCGUCUCUCCGCGCCUGCGGCCACCUGGUCCCCGCGCUGCCGGGCGACAGGGACGCUCGCGCGGCUUCUCAUCAGGCUGUGCCCGCUCCGACCGCAACAAGGAGGCCGCCGAGGCCGAGGCGGGGGUGGCCCCCUGCGGGCCCGAGGAAGCCGACAGGAGCGUGGUGAACGCUUCUAGGGACCUAUUAAAAGAAUUUCCACAGCCCAAAAACCUUCUCAACAGUGUGAUUGGAAGAGCCCUUGGCAUCUCACAUGCAAAAGACAAACUGGUCUACGUGCACACAAAUGGACCGAAGAAAAAGAAAGUCACCCUCCACAUAAAGUGGCCCAAGAGUGUGGAGGUAGAAGGCUAUGGCAGCAAGAAGAUUGACGCUGAGCGCCAGGCUGCGGCUGCGGCCUGCCAGCUGUUCAAGGGCUGGGGUCUGCUGGGUCCCCGGAAUGAGCUGUUUGAUGCAGCCAAAUACCGCGUGCUAGCCGACCGCUUUGGCUCUCCGGCUGACAGCUGGUGGCGCCCAGAACCCACCAUGCCACCCACUUCCUGGCGGCAGCUGAAUCCCGAGAGCAUCCGGCCAGGGGGCCCUGGGGGCCUAUCCCGCUCCUUGGGCCGAGAGGAAGAGGAAGAUGAGGAGGAAGAGCUAGAAGAGGGGACCAUCGAUGUCACUGACUUCCUGUCCAUGACCCAGCAGGACCCCCACACCCCGCUCAGGGGGGGUUCCCUUGAAAUGACAGACGAUGACAGUGCUAUUAGGGCUCUGACCCAGUUUCCGCUUCCCAAGAACCUUCUGGCCAAGGUGAUUCAGAUAGCGACGUCGUCCUCCACAGCUAAGAACCUCAUGCAGUUCCAUACUGUGGGCACCAAGACCAAGCUGUCCACCCUCACCCUGCUCUGGCCCUGCCCCAUGACCUUUGUUGCCAAAGGGCGCCGCAAAGCAGAGGCUGAGAAUAAGGCGGCAGCCUUGGCCUGCAAGAAACUGAAGAGCCUGGGCCUGGUGGACCGGAACAACGAGCCACUCACCCACGCCAUGUAUAAUCUGGCCUCCCUGCGUGAGCUUGGAGAGACCCAGCGCCGGCCGUGCACCAUCCAGCUGCCUGAGCCCAUCCUCCGCAAGAUAGAGACCUUUCUGAACCAGUACCCCGUGGACAGUUCCUGGAUCUCCCCAGAGCUCCGGCUGCAGAGCGAUGACAUCUUACCUUUGGGAAAGGACUCCGGGCCCCUGAGUGACCCCAUUACAGGCAAACCCUACGUGCCCCUGUCAGAGGCAGAGGAGGUGCGUCUGAGCCAGAACCUGCUGGAGCUGUGGCGGCGGCGAGGGCCUGUCUGGCAGGAGGUCCCGCAGCUGCCUGUGGACCCGCAUCGGGACACCAUCCUCAAUGCCAUUGAGCAGCACCCGGUGGUGGUCAUCUCUGGGGACACGGGCUGUGGGAAGACCACGCGCAUCCCCCAGCUGCUGCUGGAGCGCUAUGUGACCGAGGGCCGAGGCGCCAGCUGCAACGUCAUCAUCACGCAGCCGCGCCGCAUCUCGGCCGUGUCCGUGGCCCAGCGGGUCAGCCAUGAGCUGGGACCCUCCAUGCGCCGGAAUGUGGGCUUCCAGGUGCGCCUGGAGAGCAAGCCCCCGGCCCGGGGCGGGGCCCUGCUCUUCUGCACGGUGGGCAUCCUGCUGCGCAAGCUGCAGGGCAACCCCAGCCUGGAGGGCGUGAGCCACGUAGUCGUGGACGAGGUGCAUGAGCGGGACGUGAACACGGACUUCCUGCUGAUUCUGCUCAAGGGUCUGCAGCGGCUCAACCCGGCCCUGCGGCUGGUGCUCAUGAGCGCCACAGGCGACAACGAGCGCUUCUCCCGCUAUUUCGGUGGCUGCCCUGUCAUCAAGGUGCCCGGCUUCAUGUAUCCUGUCAAGGAGCACUACCUGGAGGACAUCCUGGCCAAGCUGGGCAAGCAUCAGUACCCGCACCGGCACCGGCACCACGAGUCUGAGGACGAAUGUGCACUGGAUUUAGACCUCGUCACUGACCUGGUUCUGCACAUCGAUGCCCGCGGGGAGCCAGGUGGGAUCCUCUGCUUCCUGCCUGGCUGGCAAGAGAUCAAAGGAGUGCAGCAGCGGCUGCAGGAGGCCCUGGGUGUUCACGAGAGCAAGUACCUCAUCCUGCCAGUGCACUCCAACGUCCCUAUGAUGGACCAGAAGGCCAUAUUUCAGCAGCCACCAGCCGGGGUGCGCAAGAUUGUCUUGGCCACCAAUAUCGCCGAGACCUCCAUCACAGUCAAUGACAUUGUGCACGUGGUAGACAGCGGUCUGCACAAGGAGGAGCGCUAUGACCUGAAGACCAAGGUGUCCUGCCUGGAGACAGUGUGGGUGUCACGAGCCAAUGUGAUCCAACGCCGGGGCCGGGCAGGCCGCUGCCAGUCAGGCUUUGCCUACCACCUGUUCCCACGGAGCCGGCUGGAGAAAAUGGUCCCUUUCCAAGUGCCAGAGAUCCUGCGCACACCCCUCGAGAACCUGGUGCUGCAGGCCAAGAUCCACAUGCCAGAGAAAACGGCAGUGGAGUUCCUCUCAAAAGCUGUGGACAGUCCGAACAUUAAGGCUGUGGAUGAGGCCGUGAUCUUGCUCCAGGAGAUUGGGGUGCUGGACCAGCGGGAGUACCUGACCACCCUGGGGCAGCGCCUGGCCCACAUCUCCACCGACCCCCGGCUGGCCAAGGCCAUAGUGCUGGCCGCCAUCUUCCGUUGUCUGCACCCGCUGCUGGUGGUCGUCUCCUGCCUCACCCGGGACCCCUUCAGCAGCAGCCUGCAGAACCGAGCGGAGGUGGACAAGGUGAAGGCACUGUUGAGCCAUGACAGCGGCAGUGACCACCUGGCCUUUGUGCGGGCCGUGGCCGGCUGGGAGGAGGUGCUGCGCUGGCAGGACCGCAGCUCCCGGGAAAACUACCUGGAGGAGAACCUGCUCUACGCGCCCAGCCUGCGCUUCAUCCACGGACUCAUCAAGCAGUUCUCCGAGAACAUUUAUGAGGCUUUCCUGGUGGGGAAGCCCUCGGACUGCACACUGGCCUCAGCCCAGUGCAACGAGUACAGUGAGGAGGAGGAGCUGGUGAAGGGUGUGCUGAUGGCGGGUCUCUACCCCAACCUCAUCCAGGUGAGGCAGGGCAAGGUGACCCGGCAGGGCAAGUUCAAGCCCAACAGUGUCACAUACAGGACCAAAUCAGGCAACAUCUUGCUGCACAAAUCGACCAUUAACAGGGAGGCCACCCGGCUACGGAGCCGGUGGCUGACGUAUUUCAUGGCUGUCAAGUCCAAUGGCAGCGUCUUCGUGCGGGACUCGUCCCAGGUGCACCCGCUGGCUGUGCUGCUACUGACUGACGGGGAUGUCCACGUCCGUGAUGAUGGGCGCCGGGCCACCAUCUCACUGAGCGACAGCGACCUGCUGAGGCUGGAGGGUGACUCGCGCACGGUGCGGCUGCUGCGGGAGCUGCGCCGGGCCCUGGGCCGCAUGGUGGAGCGCAGCCUGCGCAGCGAGCUGGCCGCACUGCCACUCCCAGUGCAGCAGGAGCAUGGGCGGCUGCUGGCCCUGCUGGCCGAGCUGCUGCGGGGACCCUGUGGCAGCUUUGACGUGCGCAAGUCGGCUGACGACUGAGCCCUGGGCCGCUGGGGCUGUGUACAGAGUGCAAAUGUUUAUUUAAAAUAAAGUUCUAUUUAUCCCUUGUGA